CACUAAGAUUUAUAUGGAGGAGCACUUAUCUACUCAACAUGUUAUGUUUUAUUUUUCAAUGCAACCGUAUUGACUCUUCAUGCCUACGUAUUUUGCUGGCAUUUGUAUAAGAGCAUGGCUAGUGUGUCGGCGGAGUAGCCAAAAGUUUAUUCAAACGUAAAAUGAAAAAGGAGACAUGUGAGCUGUAGUGGGAAUGGAUGGUAUUGCGGGAGGGGAGUUUUUCGCUUUGCUUAUUUUUUUCGAAUGGAGUAUAGUUAUUCGUGGUGCUUGCUGUUGGCAGUACUACUGGUGGGUAGCAAUUCACUUGCUGAUCGCUUGGAGACAAAUACUCUGUAAGCAAUACCUAGCACAAUAGCAAAUAGGAGGACGGUGAGGGCGUGGUGACUUUGAAUAAAGCUAUGAUAUUCAGUUCGGUCCUGCUCGAUGGGUAAAUGGGCCGAUGGUUUCGUUGACACUCCUUCCAACAGAUCGUUUUGUG